CUUCCGAAAAUCGGUUAGAAAGUACGUCGCUUGUCGAACUUCGGUCUGGAUAUGGUAUGUCUAUGCGUAAUAUUCCGAACGCGUCGCGACGUGUUCGUCGAUCUUCUCGGAACAUAACGACUUGGUUAGCGCGACGCGCGCGAGGACUGUAACAAUGGGCAAAAAGUCACGUCAUAUUUCGUGAAUCGACAAGCGUCAUAGGCCGCCAACGGCCGAGCGAUUAUGACGGAUCAACGCUCAAAACAAUCGUGACCUUCACGAGGCGGUCAAACGUACUCUCGUGCGAUAUAGACUUUUGUGGCAGUUUCUGUUGUGUUUCGAGACGCCCAGUGACUCGUAUGUUAUAGAAUACGUGUGUCGAUAGGUUAGUUAUCACUUGAGUGGUUAAAAUAUUUCGUCGGCUCUUGAAAUACGUGACGGCCAUUACGUUACCGCGCGUUUCUGCGAUCGAAUUGUCGUAUUUACGAGAGUGUCAGUGCCAGUGAAUAUUCGGAUUAACACGACGGAACAAGCCAGGAUGUUGAAUCGGGAAGCAGGACACUGAGACACAGACAGCGAUAUAUCAUAUAUUUCCAGAUGUCAACGUGACGUGGACUGAUUGGGAAGAGCUGCGAUGCCGUAGUCGUCGCUAUGAGCGAGAGCCGGUGCUACGCGGAUUCGCCCGUGCUCGUCGAACAUCAGCCCUUCAACCGGAAUGGGAAGGCGCUCAGGGGAUCCAAGAAGAGCGUGCUGUUCUAUACGACCGACUGCGGGGACGAAAAAGAGGAUCUGGGUCUCAAGCUUCAGCAGCGAUCCGUCUCGCUGACCGCGCUGCACACCGGGGCUGGCAGUCAACAGCAGCAACAGCAGCAGUUAUUGGAGCCCAGAAUGGCACAGUUGGAGACCUUGGAGGCCAAGAUGGCCAGUAUCGAAGUAUCGCUUUCCACCACGCCGAGACGGAAGAAGGGCGGCAGCAUUUCCGGAGGUGUCACGUCCCCCGCCGGCCAUCGGAACCGGGAUCAUUAUAAAGAAUUGGACGCCCUCCGGGUCGCCCUGCGUGACAAGGAAAACAUCAUACAGACGCUCAAGGGCCAGCUCUGCAACACGCUGAGCAAUAGACUAGCAUUACGCAAUGGCGCGCCACCCUUGACCGAGGCCGACAGGAAAGCGGCCGAGGAGCGGCUUCAAAGGUUGCGACGGGACGCCGACAAUAAGCGACUGGCUAUUAAGAACCUCAAGCUGGCGCUCGAGCGUCUCGAUAUCACGGAUAACAUCGACGUCCGAAUACAGCAGGCGGAAUUGGAGUAUCGACUGGGCCGCGAGGAACUCGAGCUGCUCACCCUUCACGAGGAGAGCAGGGCCCUUCAAGCCGCUCUGGAAUUGGCCGAGACUCAAGAGAAGCAAAAGAACGACACGAUAUUCAGCUGUAUCUCCGGCUCGACGCAAGUGACGAUUCACGCGGUGGAGGUGAGCGCGGACCCGAAAAGUCCCCGAUUCGGCGCGGGGCCCCGAGAGGAUGCGAUCGGCCUAUACGUUGACUGGGCCGUGGAGGAUUCCGGUCUCUGCAAGGGGGACAGGAUCUUGGAGGUGAAUGGCAAGCUCGUGGUAGGGGCCGGCAGGAGCGACUUGGCGCGGCUGCUGGCCGUCGCACCGGACGCCGCGCAAAUCGUGGUCCUGCGAAAAGGCGAGUCCCUCGCAGCGCUACGCACACUGCGCUCGGACAAUCUCAGGCUGACCCACAGGAUCGGCUAUCUCGAGGAGCAGGUGAGGGAUCUUCUGGCGCCGAGCAGGAGCGAGGUGCCCGCCGACCCGCCGCCCAGUCGUCAGGAACACGUGCAGGUGUUCCAGAAGGGUCCGCAGGUGACCGCGCUGGUGGCGAAUCUGCCCGGGCUGAACGUGAGGAGCCCCACGGAACUGCGACAGAGUCUGCCGACGGUCAGGAGCAGACACAGCGAUCACGCGAGGCGCGUGACGGACGCGAGGAGUCCGCGCGAGCUCGACUUCUCAUCGGACGGGGUCUCGAACGGCCAUCACAAGUCGCGGAACAAGCAGAAGCACCAGGGACUCCAGCUGGCCCGGUCGACGGCCAGCCUCGACUGCAAGCAGUCGCCGAUGCAGUCGCAGCUGCAGCGUCGCCGCUCGCCGCGCGUCGAGUCCGCCAUGGAGCACUUGCACAAGAGCCGCAAGAGCGGCUCGCAGCUCCAGUCCUUGGAGUUCGACUCGGAGCCGACUUACUAUCGCUUGCAGGACUCCCAAUCCCGCGCGUCGGAGAACUCGGAGGUAUCAGUGGUGUACAGCUCCCAGGAGACCAAGACCCGGCCGGCACCGCCGAAGAAGCCGCUGCGGCUGUCGCUGCACCGCGCGGCCAGCCUGCAGUCCGUGGAGAGCGCGCCGCCGGCCGCGGUGCACCACGAAGCGCCGCGGAAGCCGACCAAGAGGAACCACCGCGGCGACCCGCCCUCGGAGAAGAACAACGCGCGGUCGGCUACGCUCGAGGCGAACGGCGACGCGAACUCCAGCUCGCAGGAGUCCGCGCAACUCAGCCCGCCGCCUCAGCCGCCACCGAGGACGCCCUCCAGAGCGGAAUCCUGCCAAAGCGCGCUGCGAUGGCCCUCCCCGAAGCCAAGGCCGCACCUGACGUCGGUGCCGAUGGAGAAGUGGUGCUGAACGCCUCCGAACGGUGAUUCCCGCGGAUUCCCCGUCUCCCGCCGUCGGACUUCGUCGAAGUAGGAUCCCUCGAGCAAGAGUCUCUGGCCAUCUCAGCGACUUCUUUGCUGACUGGUCUUAGUUCGCUUUGAUCCAAAAUGGCGGAAGUAAGGAUCGCCAGAUAAAAUAAAUCUAUUUGUGAUCAAAUGUUAACUUAAGAUGUGUGAGGUAAGUAUUUAAUAAAAUAAUAGGGGAAUUAACUUUUUAGAAACUUUUAAGAAAUUGAAGAUCUAUUUUUUUUAUAAAAAGUAUUAUAUGUAAUCAGAUAAACGACAUAUAUGUUUUCAGAAAAAUGUGUCUGAACUCGAUAUAUUGUAGACACACACUUCAUAUAUAAAGAUGUUCUAGUGACGAAGCAGACAUCGUUUUUUUAUCAAAAAGUCAGAGAUGACCAUAUUCUUACUCGAGGAACCUACGUUAAGGAGACGGUUCUUCGAUCGCACUGAGAGAAACUUAUAGUUAUUUUCGGCUUCGACUGUACUUUUUUUUACGGUUUUAAUCACAAAAAUAGUAGUAACAAUACGCAUGCGAGACUCCAAAUAGUUUUCUCUCAGUGCGCCACGACGGACGCGACGAUAAAUCACGAGGACGAGGGCAGAGAUCGAGGCUAUCUGCCUCCGAGGAGCCGGCAACGCGUAGAGAUCGACGGCGGUCUACAACAAGGUCGCUUUAUUAAAUCCGAUGACUGGCGUAUUCUGUGUCGAUUGUUUAUGAUCGAGAUUAGAGUAUUAAGCGUACGGUAAGGGACGCACUUGUGCGGCGUAACAUUAUUAUGAUACGUUACAUCAGAGGCACGUCGUGCUGCGAGGAUGGAAUCUACCUAUCUAAGAUCUGACGGUUGCGCGCACGCCGCGGUUCUUCCAGUUUAUUUUUUCGCGCUCGGACUUUAUGUACUUCCUCGUCUCCCCAAGCAAAACACUUACUCUGUGCCCGGAAGAAUAAAAAUAUAUAAGACUGAUGAAUUGCAUAUAUGUAUGUUAUCAAGCCGACGCAGUGCGUGUCUCUUUGAGUCCUUCAAUCGUUGAUACGUUUACGGCUUCAUCGAGAGACGCAGAUUUAAUUAAUGUUUCUUUUUUUGACGUUUCUUACGAAGAGCGUUGUUUGGUUCUCGAUAUACGGUGAGACAGUCGAAAGCUUCGAAAACAGUUUACAAAUAAAAUCGUUAACUGAGCAUUUUAGUCCACUGCCGGAUAUAUAGUUUGGUAUGCUCUAAUGUGCACGUAUGAUCCGGGCAUACCGUGUUAGCAGAAACAUAGCAGUUUGUGCGAAACGUAUACACGCAAUUCGCAAUUCCUAUCGUGGAAUCGCAGUCAUCGUGGUCUCAGUGGAAUGCGAUCUAGUUAUCUGAAUGUGAUCUAGUUAUCCGGCGCGAAGAUUAAGGGAAAUACGCAAAUAUUCGCUCGCGCAACGUCGCGUGUAAAGACGGCGAGCGAACGCGUCGCGAUUCCACGAUAAAAUUAGCGUUACGGAUAGCGUUGUUACUAACUUCACGUAAGUGUACAAAUGUACAGUUAUUACGGCCUGUCUUCGGAGUAAGAGCAACAAACGAGAAGCUUUCGAGUGCAAGCCCAUUCCAUUCGCGAACGUGAAAUUUCGUACAAAGUACGUUAGACGUACGUUAGAACGUUACGGUAUUAUACUUUUAGCAUUAUUUGGCACUAUUACGCAUCAACAAUAUAGUGAUCUAGAAAUAUUCUUUCCCCAUUUCUUCAUAUCUUCGCGCAAUAGUAGAGUAAGUUGAUGAGAAUAUGAAAAAAAGUUUUUGUUUUUCUUUUGUUUUUUUUUUUUAAUUACUAGUCCUGUCGUUACUUACGCGACGAUGUAUUUGACGAGACGCGCAUUAACAAAUGUUGCACACAACGUACAACAGCGAGAUUAGAUAUAGAUUUACGAGCUGUAUCGCAUGUAAUACUUUAUCACGAAUAAAACGCAAGAUUUCUAAGAAAGUCAUCAUGA